CUCGUUGGUCUGGGCCGCGCAUGCGCCGAGCCUUCCUUUCGCUACUCCCGCCCCCUGCCCCUCUCUGUCUUCUCUGCACUGGGAGCAGCUCGCCUGCUCGAGCCUCACCCCCGACAAUGUAUGCCUGCGCCAAGGUCGCCUCCGCCCCCUCCUUGGUCAGGAGCACCUCUCAGCUGCUGAGUAGAUCGCUGUCCGCUGUGGUGCUGAAACAACCAGAGGCACUGACAGAUGAGAGCCCCAGCAGCUGGGCAGCCCCGCGUCCGCUGAACUCCCUUCUCCCCAGCCGCAGCUUCCAGACCAGCGCCGUUUCAAGGGACAUUGACACAGCGGCCAAGUUCAUAGGGGCCGGGGCUGCCACGGUCGGGGUGGCUGGCUCUGGGGCUGGCAUUGGGACUGUGUUUGGGAGCCUCAUCAUUGGUUAUGCCAGGAACCCUUCUCUGAAGCAGCAGCUCUUCUCCUACGCCAUUCUGGGCUUUGCCCUCUCGGAGGCCAUGGGGCUCUUUUGCCUGAUGGUGGCCUUCCUCAUCCUCUUCGCCAUGUGAAGGAGCCGUCUCCACCGCCCGUAGUUCUUUCUCCCGCGUCUCGUCUGCCCUGCACCUGUCCUGUACCUCCCAGGAAAGUGGCCUGGGGACGCAGUUGGCUCAGGGUCCGACAGGGAAGACGAAUAAAUACUGUAUUAAUAAGA